AUGGACAAUGCGUCCUACCAUUCCAUGAAAAUAGACAAAGCCCCAACAUCGAAUACACGAAAGGCAGAUAUAAUUAAGUGGUUGGAGGAUAAGGGAGAAGUGGUAGACCGAACUAUGGUUAUCCCUCAACUUUCACACAUAGUGAAACGUUUAAAACCAGCACAUAAUAGGUAUGUUAUUGAUGAACUAGCAAAAAACAGUGGUUACACAGUAUUACGACUUCCACCAUACCACUGUGAGCUUAACCCGAUUGAGCUGGCAUGGUCAUCGGUGAAGAACCAUGUUCGGAUGAACAACACAACUUACAAACUUCCGGAUGUGAAAAAAUUACUAAUAGAGGGCAUAGAUCGAGUUGACGCACAAAUGUGGAAAAAUUUUAUUAGUCACACGAAAAAAGAAGAGGUAAAAUUUUAUGAGGUCGAUAAUAUAAUAGACGAGAUGUUGUCCGCGGAGAAAGAUGAUUUGGUGAUGACUAUUACGGGGGACACAUCAUCUGAAACGGAUUCAGAUACUGAAUAA